UGCUUAGCGGGUCAUAGUUUCAAACCGAGACCAACACGAUUUAAUUAUUCAGAAACCGUAACGAGUUUCUUGCACUAGAUUAGCGAUUAAGUUCAGUUGAUAUUACCAAUUUUUUAUUUGUGACUUAAACAUUAGUGAAAUCGUUUUCCAACAAUGUGGAACAUAAAACAGCAGUUCGAAACCGAUGGUUACGUAGUUCUUGAAGAUUUUUUGUCCGAAGCCGAAGCAGAUGCAUUAAGGGCAGAAUGUGAUAAUUUAAUCAAAAAUAUGCCGGAAGAAUCUAACCGAACGGUCUUCAGUUCUGCUGACUCAAAUUCCCAACAGGACAAAGACAAGUAUUUUUUAGAUAGUGCUGAUAAAAUAAGCUACUUCUAUGAAGCAGACGCUUUAGGACCAAACGGGGAACUGAAAGUUGACCCAAGUCUAUCUUUGAAUAAAAUAGGUCAUGCACUUCACGAACUUAACCCGGUCUUCAGGGAAGUAACUUUCAACGAAAAAGUUAAAGAAUGUUGUUUUCAAUUAGGGUAUGAAGAUCCGGUUCUAGUUCAGAGCAUGUACAUUUUUAAAAAUCCUGGUCUUGGAAGUGAAGUUAUUGCCCAUCAGGACGCAACAUAUUUACAUACUGAACCCGUCAAAGUCGUAGGAUUUUGGGUAGCUUUAGAAGAUGCUACCCAGGAAAAUGGAUGUCUUUGGUUUUCAAAAGGGUCACAUAAGAGUGGUGUACAUAGACGAUAUGUACGAAAUCCUGACAAAAAUUCUAGCGAUUUGUUAAUUUAUACAUCACCACUUCCCUACUAUCAAAAAAGUGGCUUCACGCCGGUACCAGUCAAAAAAGGUACUUGCAUUUUAAUCCAUGGUCAAGUGGUACAUUACAGUCACCCAAAUAAAUCGAACAAAUCUCGACACGCAUACACCUUUCAUGUUGUUGAACAAAAAAACACCAAAUAUUCCGAGGACAACUGGCUUCAGGCACCAGAUAAACCAUUUUUAAGUUUGUACAGAAAUUAGAAACUCCAAUUUUGAUAUUGCGGCCUAUUUUUAUUAUCACCUUUUUAACAUCAUUGUAUCUAGUUUCAUAAAAAUAUAUUUUUGAUAACUUUU